AUGGUUAGCCCACUGCAAACCUAUAGAUUCCUCCUGCUAGGUGUACUUGGAUUCUCUCUGGUGAAGCUUGCUCAAAUUUAUUACUUAGAGCCACGAUCUAAAGAAAUGCCUACAAACUCCAAGAAUCUUAUCUACAAGAAUACUCCUUUUAACUAUAUGAACCAGAAAGAAACCAACGAUAAGAGAUUUCAAAGACUCACUGAAGAAGAAAUUAUAAAAGAAGGUGAGCAAAGAGUCAAAGAAGCCAUUAUCUUAGAUGAUGAUACAUAUAAAAUGACUAUGACGAGCGACCAGCACUCCUCGAGGUGGGUGUCCUGUUUAUAUCCAGAUGUGCAAGAGCUGCUCAAGGGUUGGGUUAACCUUGAAGCGAGAGACCCCAGCACUAUUUCAGCUGAUUAGUGGCCUGGAUUGAGCAGAAGUUUUUUGCAUCUUUUUUUGGCAUGCAGCGCCCAUGCCCAGUUUUGGUGUCCGAUUGAGGCAUGUCAGCUUACCUGCCUAGGCUGCUCCUUAAGCUGUCCCGAAUUGUGCUAGUAUUUAAGCUUUCCUUUGGCGGCAAACAAGGGUAAAAAGGAAAGACAGGCUAGAAAAAGACUAAGGGCUAAGUCUCUCCAUUUGAAAAGAGUUCCGUGACAGGGGCAGCCUGAUCUAAGCUAAGUAGGAUUGGGUAAUUUCGGUUCCUUGAGUUGGAAAUUGAGGCUUUAUGACUCAUGCCAUGGAGGGAAAUGCCUUUCCCGAGAAACCGGGGCUUUGGUCCAUGCUCAAGCUAACCAUGGGAACUCAUGAUACUUAGGAAGUGGGGACUAUAAAAAAAACACAAGUUAAUUUUAAUCUUAGAUGCUGGAGAACAAACAAGAAUAAAGAAAGCUAAAUAA